AUGGCGGACGAAGAGAAGGGCAAUGACGAGCAUAGGGAGGAUGAGUACACAAAGGAUGGAACAGUGGAUCUCAGGGGACGGCCAUUCCUUAGAGCAAAAGGAGGCGGAUGGGCUGCAAGUUCAUGCAUUCUCGCCUCAGAUGCGUUGGAGAGAAUGUCCUUUUUUGGCGUUGCGCCAAAUCUGAUUUUUUACCUCACAAAUGUUCUUCAUCAAGACACUGUAACAUCUGCAAACAAUGUCACAAAUUGGUUAGGAACUAUAAUGAUGACUUCUGUCCUCACUGCAUUCAUUGCAGAUUCUUAUCUCGGACGGUACCGAACUUACAUUAUCUGCUCCUUCAUCUACCUUCCGGGCAUGAUCUUUCUAACUUUAACAGUCUCGCUUCCAGCUCUGAGACCACCAGCUUGCGAUUUAUCCAGCCAGGAAAAUUGCAAAGGGAAUUCUCAAAUAAGUAUCUUCUAUUAUGCGCUCUAUAUUAUGGCUUUUGGGGUGGCAGGAUUGAAGGCCAACUCUGCAGCCCUUGGCGCCGAGCAAUUUGAUAAAUUUGAUCCCAAGGAACAGGCACAGAAGAUCUCCUUCUUCAAUUGGUGGACCUUUGCCAUCUCACUUGGCAACCUCUUAGCCACUACACUGCUAAUAUAUGUCGAAAAUGAUGUUAGUUGGUCACUUGGGUACACAAUGGCCACAAUUUUUUUGGCCAUUUCCCUAUUGGUUUUCGUGCUUGGCACUCCACUUUACAGGCAUAAGCUGCCUUCUGGAAGCCCUUUCACCAGAAUAGCUCAGGUCGUGGUGGCAGCCAUAAGAAAAUCUAGUGUAGCACUCCCUGAUCAAGAUUCCACUAAUGAUCGCCAUGUGCUCUCAACUUCAUUAACGCUGAAGUUUUUUGACAAAGCCGCUGUAAAAACUAAUAGCAGCAACUCAGAUAGUCCAUGGAUGUCCUGCCCAGUUUGUCAGGUGGAGGAAACAAAGCAAAUCAUUAGAAUAUUUCCAAUGUUUAUGGCGACGAUUAUGCCGAGUGUGAUGAUGGCUCAAGUAUUUACAAUCUUCGUCAAACAAGGCACUGCUUUAGAUCCAAGAAUGGGGUCUCACUUCAAAUUACAUCCAGCCAAUCUCUCUGCCGUCUACAUGUUCUCCACUUUAGUAGGUGUUGUAGUCUACGACAGAUUUUUGUUGCCAUUGGCGAGGAAGCGCACAAACAAUCCUCGCGGAAUCACAUUCCUGCAAAGGAUUGGGAUCGGAUUAGUCAUGCAUAUUUUUAUCAUGCUGGGGGCAGCGUUAGUAGAGAGAUGGAGAUUAAGUCGUAAGAGCAGCACUAGCCCUUCAACCAUGUUUGUUCUCCUUCCACAAUUCGCAUUGAUGGGGAUAGCCGAAGUGUUCGCGGCCGUUGGCAAGAUGGAAUUCUUUUAUGAUCAAUCACCGGAGGGCAUGAAGAGCAUGGGGGCUUCAUUCUUUUACCUAAGCAAUGGUAUUGGGAGCUUCGUUAGCAGUUUCCUUCUUUCCACAGUAUCGAAGGUCACUGAAAAGGACGGAGGAAAAGGAUGGGUUCAGAAUAACUUGAAUUCAUCUCAUCUGGAUUACUACUAUGCACUUCUAGCUGGUUUGAGUGCGGUAAAUCUGUUAAUCUUCUUAGCCGUUUCUAAGUUCUAUGUUUAUAAAUGUGUUACUGUAAGUUCUGAAUCUGAUCGGGAGAAGGAGGGCAGCAAGUGA